UUGUUCCAGAAAUGGUUCAUCCUUCCCUGAGCUCAUCAGAGACAAACAUCUGGGCUCUGAGGCUAGGGCAGUGCAGGAAGAGGGUCGCUGCUUCCUGUGGCGCGUAGAUCACGGCGAGCAUCAUUAACGUGGCGCCCGCACCCUGUUCCCUGUGCCCCCUCCAGGAGGCUACAUUGCACCCGAAACUACAUUCACAUGCAUCUCUUCGUGUCCUUUAUGCUCCGGGCUGUAAGCAUCUUCAUCAAGGAUGCUGUGCUCUACUCGGGGGUUUCCACAGACGAAAUCGAGCGCAUCACCGAGGAGGAGCUGAGGGCCUUCACAGAGCCUCCCCCUGCUGACAAGGCGGGUUUUGUGGGCUGCAGAGUGGCGGUGACCGUCUUCCUUUACUUCCUGACCACCAACUACUACUGGAUCCUGGUGGAAGGCCUCUACCUUCACAGCCUCAUCUUCAUGGCUUUUUUCUCUGAGAAAAAGUACCUCUGGGGUUUCACGUUAUUCGGCUGGG